AUGCCGAUCCCCGAGGAAAUAGUCCCAGCAGCCAAAGCACCGCCCAAAUGGAAGGUCUAUACAAGGAAACUGGAUAGUCUAGGCCGUCUCUUUCAAUCUCGCGGGCUUCCACUUCGCCGCCCGCCUCCAGCAACCGUGACUGACCCCGCACCUUUCCCAUUCCUCCGCCUUCCGCGGGAGCUCCGCGACCAGAUCUACCGCGAGCUGCUGACUGUCGACAGCAACAACAACAACAACAACAACAACAACAACGAAAAGGACGGCGACAACGGAGCCCUAUGGAUCCGCUACAGCCGCCGCCGGCACCGCUGGUGGGAUGCGACGCCCUACUGCCCGGCGCGCGGCGGGCCGCGCCGCCCUCGGCCGCGCCUGGCCCUCGGCCUGCUGCGGGUUUGCCAGCGCGUGCGCCAGGAAACCCUGCCGAUCGUGUUCGCCUGCAACAAAAUCUGGCUGGACGCCUCGCCCGCCCAAUGCCUCGCAUUCCUCGCCUCUCUACCCCCCGCCGUCUCCGGGGGCAUCCGCCACCUCCAGCUGUGGCUGGACGUGUACCUGGACUGCGGGAUGGCGACGGGGACGCUGCCGCACCAGACGCCCGACGAGCGCGCGCACACCGCCGCGCGCGUGCACCGCGAUCUCCUCAUCCCCUGGCUGACCCUGUUUCCCUGGAUGCAGCAACACAUGCCCCUCCUAAACGCGCUGCAGAUCCGGCUCGGCGCGAACCGCGCCUGGCAUGCACAGAACCUCCAGUCUACACUUCCUGACUGGCUACAUUUCUAUCAGACCGGGUGGAUGGAGCAGGUACGGGCGCUGCGGCAGGUCUGCACGCUGCGCGUGGAGGCGCGGCUGCAGUGGUGCGAUCAGCUGGAGGACGGGGAGCGCGCGGCGCUCCAGGAGUUGCGGCGCGAGCUGCGGCGGACGUCUGGGUUUGAGGAGGUGGCGGUGCGAUGGGAGCAUGGCUUCUUUCUGUGCAGUGCUGGCGAGCAGUUCCCCACGACUAGUCUUGGGAUCGUGUUGCAGCGGCAACGGGGAGAGCUGCAGGAUGAUGAUGAUGAUGAUGAUGAUGAUGGGGCGCAGGGGGAUUUGGUGGUGGGUGCGGCGUUGCCUGACUAUCGGCCGGUUUAUACCCUGGAGGAUAUGGUGUGUCCGAUGGUUUGCGGAUUUGGGGAGCCGCGGCCGCCGCGGUCGCCGGAUAAUUGUCGUUGAGGUUGAUUGUCUGUCAUGCCUGGUGGUUUAUAGGUUUAGGGGG